UAGUCCUCAAAGUGCUUUUAUUGCGUAAUGUGAUCGUGAUUUUAGGCAUUGUUGUUAGUUUCGUCAAUCCCCAUUUGCAGCCAAGUGUUGUAAGUCAUUCCUACUGUGAUUUCAAACAUGGGUUUUCGCUAGUUUUCUUCCUUCGAUUCUAUAGAUGCCCAUUUUGUUCAAGUUAUAAUACACUGUUGAAAAUGGAAGUUACUGUGAUGGGUUCUCUUUAAUUUUACAGUUUUUGUACACUAAGCCUCACGAGUCUUCAGCUUCAUUGGGAUUUUGUCCCUAAUUGGCCCCUCGAGUCAGUUGAAUCCGUUUAGUGUCUUGUGUUUCCGUUUCUUCAAACAAAAAGUAAAAAAAUAUUUAGUCUUCUUAUUCCAAAAGGAAACUUUGGAUUAUCAUGGAGGAAACAUUUGUUCCCUUCCGUGGGAUCAAGAAUGAUCUCAAAGGAAGACUAUUGUGCUACAAGCAAGACUGGACAAGUGGCUUCCAGGCAGGUAUCAGGAUUCUUGCUCCAACGACAUAUAUAUUUUUUGCUUCCGCAAUUCCAGUUAUAUCUUUUGGGGAGCAGCUGGAAAGAGAAACAGAUGGAAUUCUGACUGCAGUGCAAACUCUUGCAUCAACAGCACUUUGUGGUAUCAUUCACUCAGUUAUUGGAGGGCAGCCCCUGCUCAUACUGGGGGUGGCUGAACCGACAGUGCUGAUGUACACAUUUAUGUUUAACUUUGCAAAGGAUAGGAAGGAUUUGGGACCUAAACUCUUCUUAGCCUGGACCGGAUGGGUUUGUGUGUGGACGGCCCUUUUACUUUUUCUACUAGCCAUUCUGGGUGCAUGCUCUAUUAUUAAUAGAUUUACACGCGUUGCUGGUGAACUAUUUGGUCUUCUGAUUGCAAUGCUUUUUAUGCAGCAGGCCAUACGGGGAGUUGUGGAGGAGUUUGGCAUUCCGGAGAGGCAAAAUUCCAACCUCACUGCGCUGCUUCCAUCGUGGCGAUUUGGCAAUGGAAUGUUUGCACUGGUUCUUUCAUUUGGCCUUCUUCUAACAGCUCUAAAGAGCCGUAAAGGGAGAUCUUGGCGCUAUGGGACAGGUUGGUUACGAGGAUUCGUAGCAGAUUAUGGAGUCCCACUUAUGGUGCUUGUAUGGACAGCUAUAUCUUAUAUUCCUGUUAAUGAUGUUCCUAGAGGUAUCCCAAGGCGGCUUUUCAGCCCAAAUCCAUGGUCUGUAGGUGCACAUUCUAAUUGGACUGUUAUCAAGGAAAUGGUGAAUGUACCUCCUUUAUACAUAGUUGGAGCAUUUAUUCCGGCAACUAUGAUUGCUGUGCUAUACUACUUUGAUCACGGCAUUGCAUCUCAACUUGCCCAACAACAGGAAUUCAAUUUGAAGAAACCUGCUUCAUAUCAUUAUGAUCUUCUUCUUUUGGGAUUUUUGGUUAUCUUGUGCGGUCUUAUUGGCAUUCCCCCUUCCAAUGGUGUAAUUCCUCAAUCUCCAAUGCAUACAAAAAGCUUAGCUACCCUGAAACAUCAGAUUUUGCGGAAUAAGCUAGUAUCAACAGCUCGCAAAUGUAUGCAAAAAAACUCAAACUUGGGUCAGUUAUACCGAAGCAUGCAACAAGCUUACAAUGAAAUGCAAACUCCACUGGUGUAUCAGAUGCCUUCUGCUCUGGGGUUAAAAGAUCUGAAAGAAUCAACAAAACAGAAGGCCUCAAGUAGUGGCUACAUUGGUGCUCCCGUUGAUGAGACUGUCUUCGACGUGGAUAAGGAUAUUGAUGAUCUUUUACCUGUUGAAGUCAAAGAGCAACGCCUCAGCAAUCUGCUUCAGGCAUUGAUGGUUGGUUCUUGUGUUGCUGCUAUGCCUAUCCUGAAGAAGAUUCCAACUUCAGUUCUUUGGGGAUACUUUGCUUUCAUGGCCAUUGAAAGCUUGCCCGGAAAUCAAUUUUGGGAGCGGAUAUUGCUGCUUGUCACAGCUCCAAAUCGAAGAUUCAAAGUGCUGGAGGAUGGUCAUGCAACCUUUAUCAAGACAGUUCCCUUCAAAACAAUUGCAGCAUUCACCUUGUUCCAGACUGCUUACCUGCUCAUGUGCUUUGGCAUAACAUGGAUACCAAUUGCGGGGGUCCUCUUCCCAUUGUUGAUCAUGCUUCUUGUCCCUGUGCGGCAGUAUCUGCUCCCCAAGUUUUUCAAAGGAGCCCAUCUUCAAGACUUGGAUGCUGCAGAAUACGAGGAAACUCCUUCCGUAUCUUUCAACAUGGCAUUUGAAGAGCUAAAUUCUGAAUCAAGAUCAAGUAACGCAGUCGAUGCAGAAAUUUUUGAUGCCAUUAUCACCAGAAGCCGUGGUGAGAUCCACAGCAGCCGGAGUCCUAAACUAACAAGUUCAGCCCCAGCAUCAUAUAGCCCAGAGCUGUCACAGAGGGUAUACAGUCCCCGUAUAAACGAACGCAGGGUGGAUCGGAGCCCCCAGUUUGGUGGAAAUGGAAAUGACAAUGAAAUUAAGCCAGCUCUCUGUCCUGGACCAUCAUCUAACUUGGGACAUGGUACUCAUGGUUCAUGCUUCUAGUGAGAGGUCAUUCCCCCCCCCAAGUUCAUGUAACUAUGUGUUAUAUUGUAGUUUAGUGUUCUUGUUUAUCCCAUACAGGUUGGGCAGAAGACAAUGAUGAAACUAAAAGACACACUAUUUAUACACUAUCAACACCUCAUACCAAUCAGUUGUCCGAUGGGCAGCGGAUGGAUUC